AAUUAGAGAUUCCAAUUUAAGAAUUAAACCUAAUAAAUGUCACUUUUGUUCUCAGAAGAUCAAAUUUUUAGGACAUAUUGUUAAUGAACAGGGUAUACAACCUGACCCAUUAAAAAUAACAAAAGUUGUUAACUAUCUGGUAUCAAGAAAUCUUACAGAAUUGCGUGUCUUUCUUAGUUUAGCUUCAUAUUAUAAAAGAUUUAUAAAGGACUUUUCUAAAAUAUUAUCACCGUUCUAUAAAUUAACAGAAAAGAAAACUUUAUAUCAAUGGUCAAAUGAACGUUAA